AUGUUAUUCAUGGUCCUCACUUCUUCCACCACUUUGAACUAUACAUCCACUCAAUUCACUUCCUUUCUGCUGACUGGUGUCCCUGGAUUAGAAGACUUUCAAAUUUGGAUCUCCAUCCCUUUCAGCUUCAUGUACCUCUUGGCUGUGAUAGGCAAUGGCCUAGUUAUUGCAGUGGUGGCCCGUGACAGGAGCCUCCAUGAACCCAUGUAUCUUUUCCUGACCAUGCUGGCACUCAAUGAUGUCCUCCUUUGUACUGUCACAGUGCCUAAAAUGCUUCUCAUCUUCUGGCAAGGCCCCUCCCUGUCAACAUUUGCUGCCUGCCUCACACAAAUGUUCUUGGUUCAUGCUCUGUUCCUCUCUGAAUCUGCCAUUUUACUGGCCAUGGCUUUUGAUCGUUAUGUGGCUAUCUGUGCACCACUCCAUUAUGCAACUCUGCUUACAGGUUCUCUCAUUGGCAAGGUGGGUCUGGCUCUGGUGGCUCGGAGUGUGGUUGUUGUCAUCCCCGGUGUCCUCCUCAUUCUCCGGCUACAUUUCUGCAGGACCAAUGUUAUUCACCAUACAUACUGUGAGAACAUGGGCAUUGCCAAAUUGGCCUGCAAUAGCUUUACCCUUAAUAGCAUUUAUGGACUCACWGCAGCUCUUCUUACAACAGGGCUGGACUGUAUCCUUAUCUCCCUCUCCUACUGGCUAAUCUUGAGAACAGUCUUUCAACUGCCUUCAAGGGAAGCUCGGAAAAAGGCCUUUGGAACCUGUGGAGCUCAUAUAUGUGUCAUCCUGAUAUUCUAUACUCUGGCUUUCUUUUCCUUCUUUACCCAUCGCUUUGGGCACCAUGUGCCCAGGCAUGCCCUUAUCCUCCUGGCAAACCUCUAUCUAUUGGUGCCACCUACCAUGAACCCCAUUGUUUAUGGGGUAAARACCAAAGAGAUAAGGAUACGAGUACUGGCACUUGGUACCUAA